CAAUGGACACGCGUCACGCAUAGAUCGCACCGCUGCUUAUCACACUUCGCAUGACCGUCCCCUUCGUUCCCACAUCCCCCGAUCGCCUCCCCAAAACACCCGACGACGAAUCCCUCGGCCAUUAACGCACCGAAGAAGCUUAAAGAAGAAGAAGCCGUAGCCAUGGGCGCGUGCGCCAUCUUCCUCGAGAUCCUAUGCGCCAUCCUCCUACCCCCACUCGGCGUCUGCCUCCGCCAUGGCUGUUGCACCCUUGAGUUUUUGAUCUGCUUGGUGCUCACCAUCCUCGGCUACAUCCCCGGCAUGAUCUACGCCGUCUACGUCAUCGUCGCCGUCGAUCCCGAUCGCUUCCGCAGGGAGUACGACUACUACCAACCCGUCGCCUAGCUCAUCAUCAUCAGCAAUUAGGGUUCGUCGCCUCCGUUCCCUCUUUUCCUAUCUUGUCAAUUUGUUGUUCUCGAUCAUGCUUCUGUUUAUGGGAUUAAUGGCGAAUCUGUGAUGGACAUGAUGAAAUUUUCAAUUGAGUCAUGCUUAUUUUGUCAUUUGAUCUACUUGAUUUGGUAGCGGAUGAUCUUGUAUUAUGUUUACUUGGAUCUUUCAUCAUGUUUGCAUGUUCAUGUAAACUUCAAGCGAUAAUUAGAUGAUGAACAUUGUAGAGCUAGAAUAUAUUGGUACAUCAGAUGGGUUUCUUUAGAUGCAAAAUUAGAAACAGAGGAUCUAUGAAGCCAAUAAUUUAUGUGAUUGCGGUGCCGAUAAGUUAAUGAAGUUUGCGAGUUUUAUCUUCA